AUGCUGCGUGAUGGACUGAACGCUGUGGAAACAUCAAAUCGUGAAAAGAUAUAUGCGGAGUGUAAUGCUUUACUGCAGGAUAGUGAAAAGAAAAAACAAGAGAGUCAAAGGAUGAGUGAAGUACGGGCACAACUCAAUAGUGCCAAUAGUGAAAUGAAUGAACAACAAGAAAAAUAUCAGGCCACCGUGUUAACACUUGAACGUGAACUCGCCGAGACAAAACGUUUACUGCAGACUACCGUAGAGGAGUCUACAGCACUCCAACAACAAUUACAAGAAGAACAGAAAAGACAUCAAGAACAACAACAAACAUCAUUUGAACAGCAAUUAACACAAUUGAAAUUAGAGAUGCAGCGUAGAGAAGCGUCUGUGAUGGAAAAAUGGCGUGCAGAUCAAAAAGAACAGGAAAAUAAACAUGCAGAAAUGUUAAAAGCAGCACGUAAUGAACGUGAUGAGGCUUUAAAGCAACAAAGAAACUCUCUCACACAGGAGUAUGCAGAGAAAGAACAUCUUUUGCAGAAUCGUAUAGAAAGUUUAGAGAAGGAAUUACAAAAUCAGCGAGAACAACAUAAGGAAUUGGAAGCGGCAAUGCGUUCAAACAGUAUUGCUCAAUGUGAUACUCUUACAAUGCGUACAGCUGCUAUUUUACAUAAUUAUUUCGAAUCUCUCUUACAGCAGGAGAAGAAAGAUCGUUACUCUCUUGGUUUAUUAGAAAAAUCCCAACGGGAUGAACUAGGGCUACAACAUGUGUAUACUUUAAAAGAAAUAAACAUGAGGACUUCUUCUUCUCUUUCAGCCAUUACGCUUUCAUUACGUACACUUGAGACGGAAGAGGUGAAGGAGCGGAAUUUUAUUCUGUUAGAGGCUUUCACAACAACACCUGUUGUGGAAUGUGAACAGUCUAUCUUUACACUACGACUAAUAGAAGAACGGCGUAUGUCUACAGUAGAGGCUAAAUUAGCACAAAGUGAACCUCUGAAGGCUCUACGAAUACAAGUUGUUCAAUUACGUAAAGAAUCAUUAAGUAUUGCCUCUUCUUUACGCCAGACAUUACAAGAGAGUUGGCGACUAUUAAGAGAGGGUAUGAAGUAUACACAACAACUGCAAUUAUUAAAUGAAACGGCAGAUGCUGCAGCUACCGCCACUGCCGCCGCUCUCUCUGCACGUGAACAACGCGAGGAGGAACGCCAACAACAACAACAAGUAGCAUUAGCGGCGAUUAAGCGAUUAAUAUCAGCAGAGGAGGCGAGUGAAAGUGCCUUUUCAUGUGGACAAUGCUUUCAGUUGUGCCGGCGGCCGGUAACGUGUGUGCCCUGCGGCCAUACAUUCUGCGAGUCUUGUCUGCAGCAACACCCGCAGAAUAAAAAACGGACUGCUGGGAAUUCGAAUUCGAAUGUGUGCAGUUAUUACUGCCCGGAGUGUCGGGCGACGACGUGCAAUGCCCUUCUGCGGGUGCGGGCACUCGAGUCCCUUUCCGGGAACUUUGGGUUCAGACGGAAGGAGGUGGAGGAACUACGCCGGGCACUGGAAAAACUCUCAGAAUGA